ACAAAGCGAGGACAAAUCCGUCAUUAUAGAGAAGAAAAACCCUAAACCUAAAUGCGGACAUAUAAAUACGCUCAUCUCUUACAUUUCUCCUUGCAGUUUGGAAGGAGUAGUUGUAGUCAAACAGCUUCCUAGGCGACCUCUCAGGUCACUGUUUUAAGUUGUAAGCAUGGCAGAUGGAUCAAAGCGUCCAUCAGUGUUCCAUAAAAUGCAUGGCCAGUCCUAUUUCAUUUCCAGGCUUACGCCUAGCUUGCCUGCUCAGAAUUAUAACAUGACUGGUGCCUAUACCAAUGGAGGAAUUCAUGUUGCUUUACAGCCAUCACGUCAUUCCACUGGGUUGGCAUAUAUGCCCACUGUUUCUCCCAUAUUUGUACAAGCUCCAUCAGAGAAAGGUUUUACUGGUUUUAUGGUGGAUUUCCUCAUGGGAGGAGUGUCUGCAGCUGUUUCCAAGACAGCUGCUGCUCCGAUUGAGCGGGUAAAACUUUUGAUCCAAAAUCAGGAUGAAAUGAUCAAAGCUGGGCGGUUGUCUGAACCAUACAAGGGAAUUACUGACUGCUUUGCCAGGACUAUUAAGGAUGAAGGUGUCAUUGCUCUUUGGAGAGGCAACACUGCCAAUGUUCUCAGAUACUUCCCCACACAGGCUUUGAACUUUGCCUUCAAGGAUUAUUUCAAGAGGAUGUUCAACUUCAAGAAGGACAGAGAUGGCUACUGGAAAUGGUUUGCAGGGAACUUGGCAUCUGGUGGUGCUGCUGGUGCUUCAUCACUUCUUUUUGUUUACUCUCUGGAUUAUGCUCGUACACGUUUGGCUAAUGAUAACAAGGCUGCUAAAAAGGGUGGUCAGAGGCAGUUUAAUGGUUUAGUUGAUGUCUACAGGAAGACCAUCCAAUCUGAUGGCAUUGCUGGUCUUUACCGAGGGUUCAAUAUCUCAUGUGUUGGAAUUAUUGUUUACCGUGGACUUUACUUUGGAAUGUAUGAUUCUUUGAAGCCUGUUGUUUUGGUUGGUGGAUUGCAGGAUAGUUUCUUGGCAAGUUUCUUGUUGGGUUGGGGUAUCACAAUAGGUGCUGGACUGGCAUCUUAUCCAAUUGAUACGGUACGUAGAAGAAUGAUGAUGACUUCUGGAGAAGCAGUGAAAUACAAGAGCUCGAUGGCAGCAUUUUCUCAAAUCAUCAAGAAUGAAGGUGCCAAAUCGCUGUUCAAGGGUGCUGGUGCAAACAUUCUUCGUGCAGUUGCAGGGGCUGGUGUGCUUGCUGGCUAUGACAAGCUGCAAGUCCUUUUCCUUGGGAAGAAAUAUGGAUCUGGUGGCGGCUAAUGUGGAAGGUGAUUCUGCUGCUUUAAAGAAUGAUCUAGCGUCCCAAGUUUGAAUAAUUUUGGAAGGACAAAGUGCUUAUGAUGGUCCCCGUUCCCAGUAAUUAGGAAUUUAAUAUGAAAAAGUUGGUGACGAAAAAUUUACUUGAGCUUUUGAGUGUUACAUUACAUGUGUUUAGUUACAAGACCAUGUGGUUUUUCUUUUGGUUUUUGGUUGACAAUAAUUACAACACUGCUUUCAUCUGUAGUAUAUGAAUCGGUUUUCUUUUGAUUUGUUUUGCUUUCAA